GACUACUCUGAUUAGACAGGAAGACUUUUUGUGUUGCGACGUUGUAUCAUUUGCCGGUUGUGAAGAAAUAUAUUUAUAUUUUACAUUUGGUUCUUCUGAUUAUUGAAAUGUCCGAUGCUUUGCUUAGCUGGUGUGUCGACCAGUUGCACCACAAGUUCGGGCUUGAGGCAUGUGACGACAUUGUCCGAUAUAUUUUAGACAUUGAGACUGCGGAAGAGAUAGAGGAAUAUGUGGGAGACCUGCUCCAAGGAACAGACGGGAGAAAGAGACAUUUUAUUGAUGAGCUCCUGAUCCGAUGGCAGAGGACCCAGAGGCUCGUCACGGACAACCCUGCUCAUUUUCUUCCAAAAGAGUCAGGAAUAGGAGAUGAUGCUUUUGACCUAACCAAAGACUCUCAGAAAAAGAAGAGAAAGGGCCGGAACAAGCAAGAGGUCAUAACUUUGAGCCCAGCGGAACCUGAACCAGAGGCUGUCAGGACCCCAAUUGACCUCAUAAAGGCCCAAGAAGGCAGCCUAACCACCUCCUCCAAGAAGAAGAACAAGUUUGUCAAUCUCUACGCUAAAGAGGGUGAGGGCAAGCUGACCGUCAUGCUCCCGGGGCGCCAUGGCUGCGAGUGCCUUGCUCAGAAGCACAACCUCAUCAACAACUGCCUCAGCUGCGGGCGCAUCGUGUGUGAGCAGGAGGGCUCAGGCCCUUGUCUCUUCUGCGGAAACCUGGUGUGCACCAGAGACGAGCAAGAGAUUCUUCAGCGGGACUCCAACAAAAGCCUCAAAUUGCGAAAGAAACUCAUGGAGUCCUCAGACAGAGAUUAUCUCCCACACCAGGAAGCUCGGAUGAACGCAGGCUUAGAAAAGGCGCUCCAACAUAAAGACAAACUUCUGGAGUAUGAUAAGAACAGUGUGAGGAGAACCCAGGUCCUGGACGAUGAGUCGGACUACUUUGCCACCGAUUCCAACCAGUGGUUGUCACCAAGUGAACGGGAGAAGCUGAGGAAGCAGGACGAGGAGCUACGGGAACUGCGCCAUGCUUCGCGAAAAGACAGGAAGAUCACCCUGGACUUUGCUGGCAGACAAGUUCUUGAUGAGGGAGAGAACUUUGGCCAGUACUACAAUAAGCUGGAUGAGGCUGUAAAGGCAAUAAGCACUGACUCUUUCUUGAAGUCCCCACGGCGCUCUGGGGACCACGGCGGGCAGCAGCCCCUCGGAGGGUUGGUCAACCCUAACAUUGUACAGGCGGCUCCCCGAUGGGUGGACGUAGGGGGCAGCUCCAUGCGGCAACCAGAGAAAGGUGUGGCUUUACCGGAAGACAAGGCUGGGCCAGAGCGAUCCAGGCUGAGGCUCCAGGACCGAGAGCUGCAGGAGAUCUCUGAUGGAGGCUGGUGCCUAAGCAUGCACCAGCCGUGGGCUUCGCUGCUGGUCAAGGGCAUCAAGAGAAUGGAGGGGCGAACUUGGUACACGUCCCACAGGGGCCGCCUAUGGAUUUCCGCUGCGGCCAAGAAGCCAACUCCUCAGGAAAUAGCUGAGGUGGAGUCCAUGUACUGCCAGCUCUACAAGAAAGAGCCCAGGUUUCCCAAAGACUACCCUACUGGCUGCCUGCUGGGCUGUGUCAACGUCUCCGACUGCCUGACCCAGGACCAGCUCAGGGAACAGUUUCCAGAUACCUGUGAGGAGUCUGCCUCGCCCUUCGUAUUCAUCUGCACCAACCCCCAGGAGCUGGUGGUGAAAUUCCCAAUGAAAGGGAAGCACAAGAUCUCUUCUGCCGUAUGAUUGGUCCUCCCCCUGGGAGAAUACUGGAGCCGAAGCAGACAUCAGUGCACACAUCACAGUGGAGAGCACUAAGGAGAUGCAGUCCAUGGAGAGGCUGUCUGGUACGAGCCUCAACGUCCUACUACAUAGCAUCUUCGCGCUUACAGGCCCCCUUCAAGCUCGUCACUCAUUUUCAUUUGAAAGAAAUAUCAAGUUGAAUCCCCCAGUGUGUUUACACAUGCGACUCACAGAGAAUAUUUAUCAGUGGAUUGUUGCAUCUUGGCUUGAAAGGAGAAGUACAGUGUGUGGAUAUUUGUGAAUGCAGCGGACCAGUGGCGAUUUCUCUAGGACUGCAAGGGAAGCUCGUCUUCCCCUAAAAUUAAUAAAAUUGAAUGGUCAAAUAUAUACUGUUGUGUUAACAUUUCAUUGACAAAAAAUGCGUUAUAACACCCAUCUCGAAGACGGGUUUGUUCAGAAUCAGCCGCUUUUCGCAGGUUGACUGAAUCGAUUUCCUUCUCCUUCAUUCGCAUAGCGUCACAGUGCAUUUACCUGUUGAAGCUCAGCGUCCAUCGACUUCAAUGGGGCUGCAUAGAACAGCUUUUUUUAGUGCGCCGAAGGGCGACGGUCAUUGGAUAAUGCUGCGGUUAUGUCCCCCCCACGGACGCUCAAUGUCUCUGGGGGUGAAUGGAGGAGUCGGCUGGCCUGGCCUGGACGCUGGGCUUCUUCGUGAUGAUUGAAGGGUUUGCGAAAGACUGAGUGGCCAUUUGAUUGAAAGCGAUUUUGAACUAUAAAAAGUCUCUUUAGUCUUUAGUCCUCAGUCCUAUCCCGGAUUUUGCAAUCGAGUCGAAAGGGAACUUAUUUCUUGAUAUUUGCUUGGCGAAAUUGCUAAACAAUUUUCACCGUACAUUUCGUACACUUUCGUACACACAAUACAGACAAUUCCUUGUUUCAGUUUAACAGAAUUCACACAUUUCCUUGUUCGAGUUUAAUAUCGUUGGUAGUUGGCCAUCACUUUGAUUCAGGGAGACUGAGGUCUGAACUUCAUGAUUUCUUUGGUGUUCCUUAAAGACAUGCAGUUGGACAGUGCAAUGCCUCAGCUUCACAAACUGUUCUCAUUAGUGGCAACAAUUUGAGCUACAUCUGCAGGUUAAGAAAGGAGUUUCUCCUGUUUAAAGCGGCUCUAGUCCUACAUCCGUAACACAAUGGGCCAUGGCCGUUUAAGAAUCCUAGCUCUGCUGGCCAUUGAGAGGAUACUGGUCAAUUCACUGGAAAAGACAGCUAGUUGGUAUGACAGGGUCACAGAGCAUUUCCUUAAAAAGGAACAGAGAGCAGAAUUUACAUAUAAAUAAAUUGACAAUUGAUAUGAUGUAGGCCGAAAAUGAGCUUCCCCUCUUUGAAAGUCCAGCAGCCGCCACUGCAGUGGCCAUAGUUGUUUACUUUAGUAGCGGUUAGCCAUGCAUUAGUUUAAGACGAGUGCAAAUAAUACUGCAACUGUGAAAUGG